AUGUUUGUGUGUCAGCUCUAUUUGCAGAGAAAAUGGUUCCCAAUGCAUACUCACCUGUCUCAUUUUCUCUCUCUCUCUCUCUCUAUCUCUAUCUCACUCUUCUCUUUCAUGUUUGUUUCCCGCAAACAAACCCUAAUCAGGCUUCGUUUCAAUUUUUGUUCUGAAUCUACACUUGACAUGGCUAGACCAUCUGAAGUGGUGAAAGACAUCAAUGAUAGAGAAGAACUUUGGAACAUAUCAAUUAGAAAGGUUUGCAUGUUCGCGUAUGAUCAGACAGGUUCGGGGAAAACCUAUACAAUGAUGGGCAAGCCUGGACAUCCCGGCGGAAAGGGCUUCAUAGCUGUGAAUUAUGUGGUCAAACAUACCGUGAAUGCAAAAGUUUGCCGAAGGGGAAAAGUUUGGUAUCAAGUUAAUCAAAAAACAUCUUUUAGUAUAGCAACUGAAAUUUGUGCCAUCGAUCACAUUCAUCGAUGA